AUGGCCGCCCCAACCAUCUCGACCAUGAUUGACCCGACCAAACAGGCCGAGUACCCCAUUGUUCUAGGGGAAAGACUGGCCAACGACACAGCGUCUAGCCGAUUGAUCAAUGUCAACUAUAACUAUAAGACCAAGUCCGCAACAGCAACCCAGCGUUCGACUAUCACACCUUCCUCCCUGUCGCGCGAUCUCUACGACCUUUCCGUCACCGAUAAGGCCCCGGGCGCCGAUCACAACUUGACGUAUGCCUACCAGGGCAGCGAGGACCCGACCGACGAACGCAACCUGGUCUUGGUGUUCGACCCCGACCGCAAGGUUUUCGUCCUAGAGUCAGUUUCGACGAAACUGAACUUCAACCUUCGAUCACGACCUGGAAAGACCGAGAAGGAGGUCCGCCACGAGAACCUGGAGCUUCUCCCGGUCUACCACGAAGACGAUCACACCUCUUCGGACGAUCGCAACACUGGCAACACCAGCGAAGAUGAAGGUCAGGCUGAUGACAAUAACCCCUAUGACUUCCGCCAUUUCCUUCGAAAGGGCGGCGCGGAGAACCAGCCGGCCUCGGUAUCUACCGCCACCACUCCGGAACCUGUCUACACCAGUAAGGCGACCACGCCGGUCUUCCAGGCCUCCAGGCCCGCUCCAGCUUCAAAAUCGGCCCCGGGCCCAGCCCCAAAGUCGAUGUCUCGUCCGAAGAAGCAGGCAAACCCUCUUCGGGCACCCAAGCGACCUACGAAGCUGGCCGCUCCAACCGCUCCAACCAACUCAAACCCGCCCCGGUCAACUCCAGAGCCGCCGGCCGCGCCCACCCCCCGCGUGGACCCACAUGAUCAUGAAGACACUCGGUCUAUUCUCUCCGAUGCCGGCACUGGCUCCGCAUCACAACAGACUAUUCAAUCUCCAAACUCUAACAUAAUUGUCGAUGGGGAUCUAAUCAUCGACAUGGGUUCGCCACCUCCGUCUCGGGCCUUCAAGGUGAACCCAGCCUUUUUCUCAUCUAACAACACUCCGACCGAUGAUCGAGAUGAAGAUGAAGAGGAAGAGGAUGAAAUGGAUAGUUUCCGUCUUCCUUCUCCUGCUCGAAACACCAACCCUCCACCCGUUGAGCACACUUCCGGGGGUGCUGGAGGUAGCAAUGAUAUGGAUGACGAUGACUUUGAUCCCCUGGCGGCAGAAAUGGAAGCAGCCUUUGAAGAAACUGCCCGUGAAGAACAAGUCGCGCCUCGACAAUAUACGCAGACAUCAACCUCUGCGAGGUACAAUGUGCCAAGUGACGACGAGAGCGAGGUUAGCGAAGAAGAGUAA